AUGUCCUCCAUUAGUAUUCGCUCCACCAGCGCUGUUGCUCGUGCCGAUGUUGAAGGCAAAGAUGACCAACUUCGGUCACCAUCAAUUAGCGCCUUGUCUUACUCUGCCACCAAGCCAGAGCUACCUCUAAGGUGGCAGGUAGCGAUGAUUGCAUUGACGUGCAUGUGCACAUUCGGAAAUCAUUGGUCUAACGGUCUCAUUACGACUCUGAAGACCACGAUAGAGAAAAAACUCAAGAUCAAUAAUUCUGAAUUUGCUACGCUGGUAUCUGUGACGAACCUGGUAAACACAUUUCUCUGCAUCGCCCUCGGCUUCGUUAUCGACAAAUUUGGAGGCCCACUUCUGUCUGUCAUACUCGCCGCAUUUCAUCUUGUAGGCGCUGCGAUAGAGGCUGGCGCCACGACAAAUGGACUUAACAGUUAUCAUGUCCUCAUGGCAGGCAAGAUCAUUGCAGCCAUCGGUGACGGAUCCCUAGACAAUGCACAGCACAAAAUAUUCUCCACAUAUUUUGCGCCGGGAAAUGGCUUCGCGGUGUCUAUAGGUCUCAUAUGGUCGAUGGCAAAUCUGGCUCAAUAUGUCGGACAGAGCACUGCGAACGUUAUGUCCAAAAAUCUCGGUUCAUAUUCAUGGCCUCUCUGGAUAGGUGCCACCAUAAGCCUUCUCUCGCUGCUGUGCGCUAUUUGCGUCUUCUUCCUUGAUAAAUACCUUCGUUCACACUACGAGGUCGUCGAUUACUCCAAGCGGUUCGGCCAGCCAAGUGCGGGUAGCGCUAAGGGGGGAACUUUCCAUUGGCCGGCUGUGCGCCAGAUGCCGUUUACGUAUUGGUUUGUGGUUCUUUUUGCAACCUUCGAAAACGCUGGCGUGCAGUCGUUUGUAUCAAUUUCCACGCAAUUUGCACAGCAAAGGCUCAAGAAAGGAGCCGUGGUUGGCGGAUGGGUGUCGAGUUUUUACUUGCUCCUUCCUGUUGUGCUUACUCCUUUGGAGGGUGUGUUCAUUGAUACAUAUGGGCAUCGCGUGACAAUUCUGUUUCUCUCGGGAUGUAUGUUCCUUAUCUCUAUGAUACUGUUGAGAUUUUCGGAGACAGUGCCGACAUUUGUCUGUGCAUAUGUAUUGUAUGCAUUUGCUCAAAGCUUUACACCAGCUCCUCAAGUGGAGAUAGUACGCAGCAUUAUACCGGACCCUCAUUACUACGCGACAGCCUUUGCCAUCAAGAAAUCGAUUGUCCAGGGCUCGAUUGUCAUCAUCGUGACGGUAGCCGGGAAGCUUCAAGGCCUCUCCCCCACCAACUCGCUUCAGAGUGCUGUCACGGUGUGGCUCGUGUAUGCGUUCGCCUGUGUGCUCAUAUCAGGUGCACUUCUGCUUGCCUGCUAUACGUCGUUCGGAAAGCGGUAUCUACCCGCCGCUCGGCUCUCGGAGAUGCAACCGAAGCACCUAGAGAGGGAGGUGGAGAAGCUUUGGGAACUACGUCUGCAUACGGUGACGGAGGAAGGCAAGAGGGACGAGAGUAUGACACCAAAGGAGAAGGAAGUGGCGUUGAAAAGCGCUGUUGCAAGCUCUGUGUCUUUGUAUGCGCGCUGGGUAGCGGUUGGGGGCGGGAUCACCAUAAUCCUCAUAGCGUGGGUGAUAUUUGGCUUUGGCGUUGCGUGGGGUGUGCAUGGAAGCGUCACUGCCGGAACUACGGGGGAGUGA